AACUGUAGAAAAGUUUAUGUUUUGGUCGCAGAAACAUACCUCUUCAUUAUUAGCAAUUUGUUGCUAGGAAUUUGAGUGGAGAAUUUGUUAAAAGGCUUAAACCAUGUCAAUCCUUUCAAUAGUGAUAAUUUUUAUUUGUUCAGUACGAAACAUCUAACUCAAGUGUUUCUUCUACGAAAUUGUGAAUGGAUUUCCUAACCUCUAUUUCAAAGUCAUUGUGUUUAUACUUGUGAGAUAUUCUUUAACCCAACCAACAAUUGACAAUAAUAAUGGAUAUUUCGUCGACAUCUAGCUUAAAGCAGGCAAAUUUAUCGCUUAGUAAUGAUGGAUUUGGAAAUAUUCCGAUGGAAUCGUCGUCGAUGGACUCAAUGGGGACCAAAAGGCGCAGUUCAUCACGAACAAUAAAACGUAAAAAAUUCGACGAUGAACUCGUAGAGACAACCUUUAACCUCCAGCCACCAACGACGAGUGGGAAAUCGAAUUCAAAGUCGAGGAGUAUGUCUGCAUCGAGUGGGACUUUAGACGGCUUGGUGUUACCACAGAUCCCCCCGCCUAUUCCCAUCGCACCACCAGUGAUCCAACCCGACAGAAUUAAUAGAAGACCUCCAAGGCCCAGUGGCUCCAACGGAACUGGACGAAAAAGUAAGAAGAACAAAAAUCACAAUCACUCUAUUAAUGCAACUAAGGACCUGGGCAGAUGGAAACCCACCGACGAUUUGGCUCUCAUCACUGGGGUCCAGCAGACAAAUGACCUGAAAAUGGUGCACAGAGGCACCAAAUUCUCCUGUCGAUUUACUCUGCAGGAGAUUCAGCAGAGGUGGUACGCUUUGCUUUAUGACUCUGCUGUUUCGAGGGUUGCAGUUCAGGCAAUGAGAAAUUUACAUCCUGAAUUGAUUGCCAGUGUUCAAGCAAGAACUCUGUACAGUAAGGCUGAGGAAGAUCUUCUGGGGACGAUAAAAUCGGCACCUCAACCAACAUUGGAGAUUUUCCAAAGGCUUUUGGAGACAAAUGCCCAGACAUUUUACCCAGCGAGAACAGCCAAAGCCUUGAUGGCCCAUUGGCUAUUGAUGAAACAGUAUCACUUACUCCCUGAUCAAAGUGUCCAGCCUUUGCCGCGUUCUGAUGCAAUUAUGAGCUUUUCCGAUGCUGAAGACAUGAUAAACGAUAGUGAAUUGGCCGAUCAAAAGGACGAGAUGAUCGACGCUGAGUUGGCUAUGGCAGAUAGAAAAAAUAAAAGAGAAAUCAGGAUAUUAGAGAAUGAACUGGGCAGAUGGCAGGUUCUUGUUGACAGUGUCACAGGUGUCAAUCCCCCGGACUUUGAUAAUCAAACGCUGGCUGUACUCAGGGGAAGACUCGUGAGGUAUCUCAUGAGAUCCAAAGAAAUCACUGUGGGUAGGUCGACAAAGGAUCACAAUGUUGAUGUCGAUUUAACGCUGGAAGGCCCCGCCUGGAAAGUAUCACGACGACAAGCAACAAUUCGAUUGAGGAAUAAUGGAGAUUUCUUCCUGUCUUCAGAGGGAAAGCGUCCAAUUUUUGUCGACAGCAGACCCAUCCUCGCUGGAAAUAAAAUGAAACUUAAUAAUAAUAGUGUAAUUGAGGUUGCUGGUUUGAGAUUUAUAUUUUUAAUAAACCAAGAAUUGAUAUCAGUCAUUCGUCAGGAGGCUAUGAAACUGAACCUGAAUCCUUGAAGGGAAUAAGGACCAUUUUACAAAAUACAAGCCAUUCAUCGGUCAUCAACCUGGGAGGAACAGAGUAUUUGUUACAUAACUCAGUACAUCUUCUAGUACCCAUACAAAUUAUCAUUAGUUUUGUAAUCUUCAAAUAAAAUAUUGUGAAUGAUUCCUGCGCGAA